AUGGAUCCCCAUGUCAAGUUUGGCACUUCUGAUGACAAGGAAUUUAGUGACCCACAUCAGUAUCGACGUCUGGUCGGUAGACUUAUCUACCUUACAGUUACUCGACCUAAUAUUUCCUUUGCUGUGGGGGUUGUUAGUCAGUUCAUGCAAACACCUAAGCAAGUGCAUUGGGAUGCUGCUUGUCGUAUUUUACGCUAUCUCAAGGGUGCUCCAGGUAAGGGGCUGGUUUAUCGUCGCCAUGGUCAUACCAGCAUUGUUGGGUUCUCUGAUGCUGAUUGGGCUGGUUCUGAUGGCGAUAGAAGAUCCACUACAGGCUAUUGCACUUUCUUUGGAGGUAAUUUGGUUACUUGGAAAAGCAAGAAACAGACCACUGUUGCUCGUUCCAGCGCAGAGGUAGAGUAUAGAGCUAUGGCUCGUACAGCUGCAGAAUUAAUGUGGGUUCAUUCUUUUGCUCGUGAGCUUAGUUAUUUCAGUGAUCAACCCAUGGAGAUGUACUUUUCAGCUUGGAGAUAUGUGUACGAAGGCUUUGUUUCGACCUCAGUUCUUGAGUAG